UUGAGGUUAUAACCAUAAUAACUAAGACGUUCGUUUUGUUCUAAAAUAUUUAUUUAGAUACGAAAAGAAGCUCUAUUAUUUCACAGCACAAUGUCAACACGAUUUUAUCCUAUGUAUCAAAGAGGCAAUCCACAAUUAAGAGUUUUCCUACCAAAUUUCUGGAUGAAGCUAAUUGCGCCUACAGAUCAACAACCUCCAAAUAUUGUACAGUUUCAUUGCUCUAUGCAAAUGACCAGAUACGAUAUAAAAAAUUAUCUAGAGAAAAUUUAUAAUGUCAAUGUAAUUGAAGUGAGAACAAGAAUAGCGAUGGGUAGGUUUAAGAGGGAUCAACUGCAGCAUUCAGUCAUUAAGGAGGACGAUAGAAAAUUGGCUUACGUCGUACUGCCGAAGGACCAGUCAUUUGUGUUUCCUGAUAUGUUCAAAAAUGUAAAAGAUGAUAUUGAUAAAGAAACUAUGGACAUAGCUAAAAAGGAUAUGCAGGAUUUCUUAGGACCUAACAAAGCUCCUGGAUUAUCUGGUUGGUUUAGGAUAUAAUAUGUAUGUAUAUUGCAAUAUUUAAGGAUUUUAACCAA